AUGUCGUCCGAAAAUCAAAGUUCAUCGGAUAAUGCCGAGGGAAGUGGUACCUUAAUUCAUCAGGAACAAUCCGAAGGAACUUUGAACCUUGAUGUUGGUUCAACGGAUACGAAUAAACUUCAUGAUCCCCAACUACCUUCACAAUCUGAUUCGAUCACCAAUGCGGAACCUGAUACAAGUAAAGGAGGAAUACUUAAAGGAAUUAAAACGUUCUUUGCCAAAGAAGUUGAGGAGGUUUCAAAUGUACCAACCGUUAAAAUUACUUUUCAUGUCCAUUUACCUUCAUUGAAUUAUGUGGAAGGUUAUCCGGUUAUCAUUGGUAACAUUGAGGAAUUAGGUAAUUGGGAAGAACCGAUCGUUAAAUUAAAGCAAUUGAAAAGUGAACGUGAACACAUGCACUCCAAUCAUAGUCAUUGGUACUCGGAUCCCAUUUCUAUACAGAAUGAUAGGUUUGAGAAUGAGAUCAGGUAUAGAUAUGCGUACUUUGUUCCGAAACCAAAACCCGAAGAAAAAUCAAAAGGAAUUACUUCUAUAUUUAAAAAAGGUGACAAGUCUAAGGAUGAUGAAAAGGACAAGGGUGAAUCCGUCGACAAAAAGAAAAAAGGCAAGGAUGCUGAAAAGGACAAGAUUGAAUCCGUCGACAAAAAGAAAAAAGGCAAGGAUGCUGAAAAUGAAUCUAGUUCUAAAGAUAGUAAAAAGAACAAAAAUGAACUCAAUAUGAGGGAAGAUGGAAACGAUCUCGUGAAUGAGACUGCUAAAACUCAGGCCAAUGAUACGUCAACAACGGAGGAUCCUUCCGCAAAAGAUGGGCAAGAUAGCAUUGAGGAUCAAAAAAAUAAAGAAACGAAAUCGGAUAAGAAGCAUAAAGAUACGAGGAAUAAGGAAGAAGGGGAUCUUUAUUUCGAAGAUGAAGCUCAAAUUAUUGACACUUUAGAAAAUUUUCAACCGGAUACAUUUCCUGAGGAACAUUAUUCGUUUUUAAGCGUUACGAUGACGGCUGUGAUUCAGUUAAAUGUGGAUAAUAGAUCUUUUGAUUGGUUAAAACUAUUUGAGAUUGCAAGGAUUAUCGAUCCAAAAUUCACCUUUAUUGACGCGAUUCAAGAACUUCGUUACAACAAUAUUGAUGAUCGUGUUAAGAAUUUCCUAAAGGAAUUUAUCAAACACGCCAAGCCUGUUGUAAAUCUAAUUAAAGACUUGAACAUUUAUUCUAAUAUCGGAAGGUGGUUAUUUUCCAAUUGCAAUUCCUUCGAGACCCUUCUUUUUGUUUGGAUGGAUGUCAUCGAUCAUACGAAAGAUCGGGAUUUUCAUCUUCUUAGACACUUUCGUCCUCGCGUUGACAAACUCGUUUCAUCUUCUCGUGCGACACUUUUGGCAAACCAAUUUUCACUCAUUCCUGAGGAACUUUGUGUAGAAGUUGCAGAAAUAUUUAAAGCGAAAGCCUUGUUAUUGCUUAAACAUCGUAGUAUCGAAUGGGAUAAAAAUAACUCGGAAGCAAUUCUUCAAAUUCUCAAGGAUCCUCAACUCGAUUGGUCCAAGGACGAAUUUUUAGAAGCCAUGGGACGUGUUUCUGAAUCAUCAAAGCAUAAUUUACUUUUAACUUUUCCACCUCUAUUGAACUAUUGGUUUGAUUCCAGAUUUAAAACUUUAAAAACAAACAAGCUUCCCGAGAUUUGUAGAAACUGGUAUUUCCAUUUAAUCGAGCUUAUCAAUGGAUCUGAUUUACAUGAUUCUAAUGAUUCCAAGUUCAUCUUUGCAAUUUAUAAGAACUUGUCAAACAUCUUCCCGAUAGUUGGAAAGUACGAAAAUAUCUUUAAUGAUAUGUUGAAAGUUACAGUUGAUCAUGUUAUGAAUUGUGCUGUGUCUGAUAUCUUGAGUGUCACACCACAAAUUGCAACUUUGGAAAAAGAAAUUUCUGUAUCAUAUGGAGAAAUGGUCAAGACCAUGUUAAGGAAAUCUGUGCACAAAAUAGAUAAUAACUUGAUAAAAAUUUUGUUACAAGUAUGCGGCUGUGACAAUGAAAUUCUAGAUAUACAAAGCGUCUUAAGCGAAGAUAUCGUGUGUAGUGUGAUGACGAAUUUAGAGGCCAAAGGUGACAUUGUUAAGGAUCACACCAAGUUAUCAACUACCAUCUUAAAUUUACUUAACACUUUUCGAUUUUGGAGAUUAAUUUUCAACGCAACAGGUCGCGUUGAAAAGUUGUAUUCACAUCCUUACGUUAAGCAAGUUCAAAGAUACAUUCAUGAAUUUGCCAAGGUAAUGAUUGGAGAGGACAUAACGUUACGUUCACUAAACGAGAUCCUUAAAUAUGAUACCGACAUCUUGUAUCAAUUUUUUAAUUUUUCAAUAAACAACAAGGAGGUCAUCAGCAAAGAUUUGAUCAAAAAACAUCGAAAAGAUUGUCAUGGAUAUUUGUUGAGAAUGGAUCAAUUAAGAACGUUUUAUGAUCGUUUUUGCCCAAUAGAUAAAGUUAAAGAUGUUCAAAAGUUUCUCGACGAUAUCACCAAUCUUAACAAUAAUUUGGAGUAUCUUGCGCUUAAAGAUGCUUUAUCUGAUAAUCAUUGGGGGAUCCACAAGAAAAACAUGAAUAGCUCUAGACGUGCACAUAGGAUAGCGAAUUCGCAUGAAAUCGGAAGAAGUUGA